AUGGAGCUCUGGAGCAAGCUGCGGAACCUGGAUGCCUACCCGAAAGUGAACGAGGACUUCUACAGCCGCACCCUCUCCGGCGGCCUCAUCACCAUCCUCUCCUCCCUCGCCAUCCUCCUGCUCUUCUUCUCCGAGAUCCGGCUUUAUCUAUAUUCUGCUACGGAAAGUAAGCUCACUGUGGAUACCUCAAGAGGGGAAAGACUACAUAUCAAUUUUGAUGUUACGUUCCCAGCCCUUCCUUGUUCUCUAGUUGCUGUUGAUACAAUGGAUGUCAGUGGAGAGCAACAUUAUGAUAUACGACAUGACAUAACAAAGAAAAGAAUUGACCAUCUUGGUAAUGUAAUUGAAUCAAGAAAAGACAGAGUUGGUGCCCCUAAGAUUGAAAGACCGUUACAGAAGCAUGGCGGUAGGCUUGACCACAACGAGGUUUACUGCGGAUCUUGUUAUGGUGCUGAGGAGACGGAUGAUCAGUGUUGCAACUCCUGUGAAGAAGUUCGUGAUGCGUACCGGAAGAAAGGGUGGGCUAUCAACAACGUAGAAUUAAUUGAUCAGAUAAGUCACAAGAUAAACAAGCUGUCCUUUGGGGAAGAGUUCCCAGGUGUCGUCAAUCCUCUUGAUGGAGUUGAGUGGAUACAGGAUAACUCCAAUGGGUUAACGGGGAUGUACCAGUAUUUUGUGAAGGUUGUUCCAACAAUCUACACAGAUAUCAGGGGGCGCAAGAUUCACUCAAAUCAGUUUUCUGUGACAGAGCACUUUAGAGAGGCAAUUGGCUAUCCUAGGCCUCCACCUGGUGUAUACUUCUUCUACGAAUUUUCACCAAUUAAGGUUGAUUUUACUGAAGAAAAUACAUCGCUUCUUCACUUCCUGACAAACAUAUGUGCUAUUGUUGGAGGUAUUUUCACUGUUGCUGGCAUCAUAGAUUCUUUCGUCUACCAUGGUCAUCGCGCCAUCAAGAAAAAGAUGGAGCUUGGAAAGCUUGGAUAA